AUGUACAGUUCAAACGUGCGGUGUGGAAAUUGGACUGAGAAUAUUGCUCUUUCGGAGGAGAAGUUAAAAUUAUACGUAAUGAAGCGGGACCGAGAAGACCUUCUGGUGCAGCACACGAGAAAAGUCUUUGCGAACGUAUUCCGCGAGGUGCAGUUGGCAGAACCUGGCGAUUUCAUAACGUUUGGUAGCUGUGUCCAACUUCAGGCACCCGACAUGCCGGGUUUCCCACCUAGAAGCAAGUACAGUAAUUACGGUGUCGUUCUCGCCGGUACGAUGAACCAACGCGACAUCGAUACUGCUCAUCACUUUCUCGACGGUUGUUCACUCGUUUGCUCACCAGUCCUGAUACCUUGCGUCCGAAAUACGUUCGUCAUCAGACCCGCCGAUUGCCAUCAUCGCGAAGGCGACAAUCUUAUGUUCGAUCAAGCAUUCCUUUUGCAGCUGAUAGAGUCUGGUCGCGAACCUCUGUACGUAAGGGCAGAGACUCCUACAGUUAGCUCAGCUCAUGGUCCCAUGGAGCACAACCCAGUGAUGUUGAGCAACAAUCCAGACUGUUACGCCAAGUGGAAGGUUCUCUACUGGGACCCUAACAUGAGGUUCGAGACUGCGGGCGCACCAUUUCCACCCUCGACCAGGGUGGUCAUCUGUCACGUAAUGACCGGGCUUUGUCUGGCCGUUGAAUACUGUCAAUGGUACUUGACCAUAUUUGGACCCGAUUGCGGCGUCUCGGUUCACACGUAUGCCGAUGUCCACAGGCGAGAAACCGCCGAGUGCCUUUGGAUGUUCGUCACCGAGAAAUCUUCAUCGGAAAACACCGAAUGUCCUGCUGGUUCAGGUUAACGAAACAUGUACUCGAGAUGAGAUGAAAAAGCUUCUGGAA